CGCGUCGCAUCGCUAAGCGAUGUUCAGCACGGACAGCCAGCAUCGCACCGUACCACACCGCACGACACAGCGCUCAGCUCACCUGUCCCCUUCGCAGAGAUAUUCCACAUUUCCCUAUUUUUACUCGGGCGAAGAAGAGGACUUGACGGAGCUCUGACGUCACCAUGCCAGGUAGAGACUGAAGGGACUGUUUUGGGGUCGUGAGGAGGAGGUGGAGGUGGAGAAGGUGGAGGAUCACUGCGGGUGUGCUUGGGGUGGCCUCUCCUUCGCGGUGAACACCUUUCGGGCUCGAACGCACACAAGAUGAUGGACGGCUGGCCGCCGCUGCCGCUGCUGCUGCUGGCUCUUCUCGCCAUUGCGGGAGGCGGCCUUGGGGCAGACACAGAGGAGCGGUUGGUGGAGCAUCUCCUGAAUCCAGCCCAUUACAACAAACUGAUUCGUCCUGCGACUAAUGGCUCUGAGCUGGUUACUGUGCAGCUGAUGGUGUCGCUGGCCCAACUCAUCAGUGUGCAUGAAAGAGAGCAGGUGAUGACGACAAACGUCUGGCUAACACAGGAGUGGCAGGACUAUCGUCUGACUUGGGCCCCUGAGGAGUUUGAUGGCAUGAUGAAGGUCAGACUGCCCUCAAAACACAUCUGGCUUCCUGACGUGGUUCUCUACAACAAUGCUGACGGCGUGUACGAGGUGUCAUUUUACUCGAACGCCGUGGUCUCAUACGACGGCAGCAUCUUCUGGCUUCCCCCAGCGAUCUAUAAGUCAGCCUGUAAGAUCGAGGUCAAGCAUUUCCCUUUUGACCAGCAGAAUUGCACGCUGCGCUUCCGCUCCUGGACCUACGACCGCACCGAGAUCGACCUGGUACUGCGUGCUGACGUGGCCAGCAUGGACGACUUCACGCCCAGCGGUGAGUGGGACAUCAUCGCCCUGCCAGGCAGACGGAACGAGAACCCGGGUGACCCCACCUACGUGGACAUCACAUAUGACUUCAUCAUUCGCAGGAAGCCUCUUUUCUACACCAUCAACCUCAUCAUCCCAUGCGUGCUCAUCACCUCGCUGGCGAUCCUGGUCUUCUACUUGCCGUCCGACUGUGGGGAAAAGAUGACGCUCUGUAUCUCCGUGCUGCUUGCUCUCACUGUGUUCCUGCUGCUGAUCUCAAAGAUUGUCCCACCCACUUCACUGGAUGUCCCUCUGGUGGGAAAGUACCUGAUGUUCACUAUGGUCCUUGUCACUUUCUCUAUAGUCACCAGCGUGUGUGUGCUCAAUGUACACCACCGCUCACCCACCACACACACUAUGCCCCCCUGGGUUAAGCUGGUGUUCCUCAACAAGCUUCCUGCGUUGCUCUUCAUGCGGCAGCCUAGAAACAGCUGUGAGCGCCAGCGGCUGCGCCAAAGAAGGAGGGCCCAGGAACAGAAGGAAGGUGGGCGCGGCGGGGAAGCAGGGGCCUUGAUGGUGGGGCUCGGGCUGGGCGGUGGAGGUGGAAACGGAGCGGGAGCAUCCACAGGGGUGUUUGGCAAGGAGGACAGUGACCCUUGCACCUGCUACGUGAACAGGGCUUCUGUGAAACAGUUUGGAGGGGAUCUGGGUGGAGCAGGAGGGGGGUCCAUGGAUGGGCUGAACAGGGUGAGGGAGGGCAGGGAAGGGGGGGCUGGAAACGUGCCGCGGGGGAAGCAGGCAGGAGGAGGCCCUGCUCUGACUCAAGCCCUGCUGGCUCAAGCCUGUCCGGGCUUUGAGGAGGCUGUGGAGGGAGUACGCUUCAUCGCGAACCACAUGAAGAGCGAGGAUGAUGAUCAGAGUGUGAGCGAGGACUGGAAGUACGUUGCCAUGGUGAUUGACCGCCUCUUCUUAUGGAUCUUUGUGUUUGUGUGCGUCUUCGGCACAUUGGGGAUGUUCAUGCAGCCGCUCUUCCAGAAUUACACAGUCAAGACCAUCACCAGCUCGCCAGGCUGACCACAUCCACGGCCACGAAACACGCUGACAGACAGGACAGCUCCCCCGACACAUCAGCACAGCAGGACAUAAGCCGGCAGGUGGUUAGGGGGGCUGGUCUGGGUUUUAUCGCAUCUAUUUGGACUGGAACCAGAACUGGAACUGAACAGAAACCACGCCCAUUACCUUUAUAGUACUGAUUUUUGCAGCGAACAACAGUUUUUCUUGUAUGAAGACAAAGGAAAACACCAUCAUAUACUCUUACCUGCAGUUUUUUGUCCAGACAGUCAUGGACUGACCUCCCCCUUUAAGGUGGAAAAGGUCCCUCCCUCCCUGCUCUCCUCUACAGCCAAUCGGGAAGCGAGGAUGCUCCGACUCACUCAUUGUCGAACCUCACGCCAGCCAAACGCUUGAUAGACACAUGACAUGCCCGCCUUCAACUGCGACAUUGCUCAUUCAUGAUAUUGACUGAUAUGAGUGUGAGCCAAUCAGAAAGGGAGGGGAGGUUCAGAUCAAGGUUGUUAAACAUUCAUUUUAUUUUUUCAGAAAUCCACGAUGUAGGUGAACUGAUUCAGUAUAUUUUAUCAUAGCAUAGCAACUUAUCACAGUAUAGCAUUAGGAAUAUAUUAUUAAGAUUUCUCUAUGUGUUAGCUCAUGCAAGGGUCUGCUACUGAUAGAGAGGCUAUGGUGUGUUGUAUGAUUGUAUAGAUUAAACAAGAAUGUUACACAGCCUGUGAUGCGCACACUGACACAUUAUGUGUACAGGCAACAGAUUGCAGUGGAAAACACAUGCAGGAGGGAUGAAUUAAAGAGAGAGUCAGGUUGCGUUAUUAGAUGAAAGUCAUGGGGAUAAAGUCAUAGAUUAUGCAUGGACAGUUUUUUGCUUAGAGAGUUGUGCACAUUAAGUCGAGAGCAGAAGAAGCAGCAGCCCGCUGUGCCGGAGUGCUCAGCUGCAGUCAGAUGAGUUUAGCUCCAGAGAAACGGAGGAAUCCGAGCCAAGAUGGCUGAUAGGACGUCCUAUAUGCUAACAAUGAUAUAGGAGUAUUUAGAUGUCGGUUCAGAUGGAGCAAAGAGCAGUACUGGAUCAUUGAAAUGAAAUUAUUUUGAUGGAAGCUACAGUAUUAUGUGUAUUAAUAUGUAAUUUCAUAUUUUAGUAUGUAAUGUUCAGAGCAUAUGUAUACAAGUAUGCAAGCGUGUGCGUAUGUGUAUGCGUGCCCCAUGCCUUGAUGCAUUAUCACAUCUGUCAGAUACAAUGUUCAGAGGAGCAUACUGUAUGUGCAUCUCCCCCCUCCCUUCUGUUACUCUCUCCAGUCCUCUGCCCUUUAUCUCGUCUUCUAUGGAAAAACACUUUUCUGACAUUUAGUCCCAAUUAAAAUAACGACCCCCUGCAUUCUCCACACACCUACUCAUUACUCCUUUCUUUUUCCGUCAUGGACUGGCUGCUUUGUCUCAUUUCUACAUUUCACAGGGACAACCAAGCAAGAGGCAGAAGGCAUUUUUUCCAGGCACGCAGGGAGGAGAGAGGUGAAUUAAAUUUUCAAUAAACAAGAGAGAGAAAUGACAAGAGUGCCGACGCUGACACAGUCGAAUCGGGCGAUAAAGGCACAGAUGCAAAAUCAGAGGCAGGAAAUGAAAGGCUAAACAUGGCAGGUUUUUUUUACUUUAUGUUGAUGUAGCAGCAAACUGAAAACACAGGAGGAUCUGAAAAUACAGCCAGAAAGAAGGACAAAGCAGGAUAGGCAGAGACUAAAGACUGUUAGUGUUGUUACUGCUUAUAAAAGCCACAAUAAACUCUGAAAAAUGCUCUUAUCUUCAGUCACUGUCACUCAAAGCGAGUCUCCCCGGCUUUUUAUGGUCGUGCGGUCAAGUCUGCAGCUCAGCUAAGUGCUGGACUUGGAGCUUUCUCUCCCUCUCUCUCUCUUCUCUCCCUCACUUAUUCUCUCAUUCUUUUCACCGAAGGAUGGGAUUUUCCAGAGGGGGAUCCCCCAGCAGUUCCUGAAACAGGUGCAAAAAGCCUCUCAGAGACCUGUGAAAAACUGUAGGCUGCACGUCUCCACACGGACAAAAAGAGAAAAUAAAGUGCUGCUGUCCACUCUGUUUUCCCCUCCCUCUCUCUUUGACCUUUCCACUCUCCUUCCCUUUCUCUCACAUCCUCUCUCAUUAUCAUCCCCCCUCCUCCUCCUCCUUCUUCUCCGCCUCCUUGUCCUGCCCAUCUUUCACCUUCUCCUUCAUGACUCUCAACUCUGCUCCUGUGCACACCUUAACCAGUCCAAUAAAGGUUGUAGGUUCAGAUUAA